AUGCGACAUGCGCCCACUGCGUGCGAAAGCGAAAGCGAAACCAGCACUAACGUCGUUCAACAACAGGCAUGCGACGGAGCUCUCCUCAAAGCGUCCAGCUAUGACCACACACAGGUCGCAACCUGGAAUUCCAGCAUCAUCAACUCCGUCCUCAAAGCGCUCAUCGUAGCCACAACUCCCGAACAGUCAUCCACCACAACAACCACCCCCACAACACCACCCUACCGCUUCACCGUAAACAGCACCAUCGUCCAACAAGGCGUAAUCGACAAAGCCGCUGCCGGCAGCUCCGGAGAAAUCGGCAAGCGCGGCAUGCACUCGGCUUCCGGCGCGUACUGGGAUGUGAACCGGGACGGUAUGUGGACGUUCAAAUACCCCGGUGGUGAGGAGAGGGGGUUGGAUGUCGUUGUUAGCGUGACCUGGUUUGCGAUGGGUUAA